UUCGACGAAACGUGCGCCUCCCAGCGGCCACCGCCAGCAGUCGGUCGAGCCGGGGGUGUCCUGUGCAUGCGUGCUGAAAUGCUGCUCCCUACCACCUUCUAAGCAGCGACCGAGCCUUGCGCACGUUGAACGACCCGCCCCAAGCCGUCCUCCUCCCAACGAUGGCAAGGCUCCGGAACCGCCAGUUGUCGGGUGGUCGCUGAGGACAGGGGUGGCAUGGGACAGCAGCUUUACGGCUGCACGUCCGCCUCCAUUUAGGGAUUGGGGUGGACUUUGAACGUGCGCAUCAAAGCUCCCUUCCCACCCAGUGGGAUAUAAGGCCCAGAUCUCAGCUCCCGUAUUUUAGAUAUUGCCCUGCCUGCUGCCGCUCGCAAGCCGAUCUUGAGUCUGCUCUUCGACAAAACCUCCUCCUCCUGUAUACGAGAUCACUUGGCCGCCAUGGACUACACGUACUUCAGCGCUGCACCACAACCGUACCCCUUCAUGGGGAUGCCGCCUAGCGCAUUUCCACGCACUGGAGUUGAUCCGGACACGAUCCGCAGCAUUCAGGAGCCUCUGGACGCAGCGUUCCUUCCGCCGUCCUACGAUGGCUUCUCGUUCCAAGCACACGGCUUGCCGACGACGCAGGGCUCGCCGGACCCCAACGUAGCACAGACGCCCAUGCCCGUGGGCAGCGUAGACAGCGGAAUCGGCGCUGAAAUGGAGGACAGCCGGGCGAGUCGGACGAGGAGCAGCAGCGAGGAGAAAGAGUCCGGACUAACGCCGGCCCAGAGCAGGAGGAAGGCACAGAACAGAGCUGCCCAACGCGCCUUCCGCGAACGCAAGGAACGACAUGUACGCGACCUUGAAGCAAAACUCUCUGCCCUCGAAUCCAGCACACAUUCACUCCAGUCCGACAAUGAGCGUCUGAAGCUUGCUCUACAGCGAGCCCGCACUGAGAACGAGAUCCUACGUGCUACCGGUGGGCAGCACUCGCCAACUUCAUCACGGCCGGUGUCGGCAAGCUACCCCUCGCCAGGUGCCCACCUACCUGAUGAGGAAGGUUCCAAGGGAGACGCAGAAUACAACGUGCAGUCGCUCACCAACGGCAGCGUUGUGAACAGCGCAGGCAUGGAGCAUGCCGCCUCGCGCCGAAAGACCAAGGGCAAAGAGAUCCCUGCCACCCAGACGUGGGAUCUAAUUCAAUCACAUCCGCUAGUGAAGCAGGGCCUCGUCGAUAUAGCUGAUGUGUGCGAGCGGUUGAAAGGCCUUGCCAAGUGUGACGGCCACGGCCCCGUCUUCGAGGAAGCUGCGGUAUGGAAGGCCGUCGAGGAGUCGCGAAGGGGAGGUGGAGACGAGCUGAUCUGAUCUGGUCUAGUAAGGUGGAUCUGCUCUCUAAACAAGAACACCACCAGGAUCACGGCCAGGGGGAGUUGCGAGUUUUGCGUUUAUACCCGUUCAUGACCAUACUUUACUGAACCAAACCUGUACUGGGGGAAUGAUUUGGAUGAAGGCGUUCUGGUAUUUUUUGGCUAAUUAGCAUGGCAUAGGUCAGGGCGGAGACAUUUGGGCUUCAGGAAAAGGCUAGGCGAUCAAAGGAAAAGUAGUUUCAAAGCGACCGUUGAUUGUCACAUUUACAUCGCUUUGACGGCGGUGGGGAUUGAACGAAGCUCGCUUUGCAGCCUGCAGGUAGAAUCCAUGAUUCCAUUAG